GAAUUGAAAGAAGGAAUUUGGCAGAGAAUCGAUUCCAACAGAUAUAAGGCUUCAGUUCUGGCCAAUAGAGAAGACUUUUUGCUCGUAUUCUCCAACAUCGAGGAGUUCUUAAUUAGGGCCACAUUUCAUCCAAAUAUGCAACAGACUAUUAUAGCAGACAUUGCAUUGGAUACGGCUGUCCCGCAAAAUACUGGCUUACAAUUAGCUAUAGAGAAUUGUCGUCACAAUACUCGAGGAGAGAAUUGCGAGAUCUGUGGCGAUGGCUAUUAUGGCGAUGCCACUCGUGGUUCACCAGAUGACUGCACCCCUUGUCCCUGUCCCUUAAUUACACCAUCCAAUAGUUUCUCUCCAAGCUGUCGGCUUGAUUCUGAUGGUCAACCCACUUGCAAUGCCUGUGCGACAGGUUAUUCCGGCAGAAACUGUGAGCAGUGUGCAUUUGGAUACCGAGGAAACCCAUUACAACCGGGCAGUAGAUGUGAACUGACAUCGGGAUCGGGACCUACUAUUCGUGUGCGCAUUGAUGAGCCUAAAGUGCAAAGAGUGCCGAUUGGGGCAGUGGUCACAUUCAGAUGCAAUGGUGUCUCACAGAUAAGUGAUAUCACUUAUAACCUGGUUUGGACUAAGGAGAGCGGAUCUCUGCCAUCCCGAGCAUCAGAGGCGAGUGGAAUCCUCACCAUUCCUGACGUUAGACCGGAAUAUAGCGGGAUAUAUAUCUGCACCGGUUCUGACUUACAGAGUGUAGCUCAGGAUCAUUCAACACUUAUCGUUGAAACCAGUGAUCAACCGGCGGUCCCUCGGGUUAGAAUUGAACCCUAUUAUCAAGAAGUAAGAGUAGGGGAUACCAUGGAGUUUAAGUGCACUGCAGAGGGCUACCCUCCGCCUGAAAUAAAGUGGACGGGCGGUCGCAAUAACAUAUUGAAUCCGAGCGCAACCUUUAUUAAUGGUUUGUUUAGAAUAGAUUCCGUACGAAAGAGUGAUGAAUCGGAAUACUUCUGUCACGCGAGUAAUUCUGCCGGAUCUGACUCUUUGAGGACUAUUCUGUUCGUGAGGGGAGAGGACAGUCCGGAUGUCGGUUCCAAACCUCACGUCACUAUUUCUCCUGUGAAUUACGAGGCAAGACGUGGAGAGACAGUGAAAUUUGACUGCAAAGCAACCGGAAGUCCUGUCCCCGAUAUAAAAUGGAGUUAUUCUGGCGGAGAAUUACCGUAUGAUUCGAGACAAAUUGGAGGUCUACUUAUAUUGGCCCGGAUUACUGAAGCUCAUCAGGGAUUAUAUACGUGUUCAGCUCGUAAUACAUACGGUACAACCCAAGGACAGGCACGCCUGACGAUUGAGUCGGGACGGGCUAUUCCUACCGCUAGAAUAGAGCCCGAGAGGCAGACUAUAGUCCAGGGACACAAUGGAGAGCUGCGAUUCACUUCUGGAGUUCCCACACCUUCUAUAGAAUGGCGUCGAAGUGAUGGCAGUCUCUUCACUCAGAGCACUGAACUUCUUGAUGGUGUCCUGCGAUUCAAUAGAGUUACUGGAGAUGAGGACGGCGCCUAUAUCUGCACUGCCGAAAAUAUUGGGGGAAGAGUAACAGCACAGGCAGUGUUACGAAUACAGGGCGCGCCUACGGUCAGGAUUUUACAAUCCAGUCCUUAUAGGGUUCGUCCGCAUGAAAAGGUUAGACUCGAAUGUGAGGCAACCGGAGACCCAAAAGCAAACCUGAUUUGGAGGAGAGUAUCACAACAGCCGUACUCUAGUGUCCCAUCACUUAUCGGAAGCACUGGAACUGAAGGCAAAGCCAUUAUUGAGAUUUCCAAUGUAACCGCUGCUGACGCCGGAUGCACCUGUACUUCAACUUUUGGGACCAGUGAGGAACGCAUUCAUUUGAUAGUUGAAGACGAUUUGAUGGGAACUGUUGUCCCACACGUUGUUGUCGAAGAUAGAGUGGUCACUAUUGCCGCUGGAAAUAGGGCUGCCAUGAGAUGCUUCGUUAGGGGAACUACACGUCCCGUGGAAUUGAGUUGGAUUCGAGUCGGCAAUCAAUCACUUCCGUCGUCUGCGAGUAUAGAGAAUGGCGUCCUAUAUAUCGAUGACGUGAAGCCACAGGACAGCGGGGAAUACCAAUGUCUGGGAACGGUUGAUGGAAAGACAGUAUUGUUUGAGGCCAGAGCCCGGUUAGCAGUUGUCGGUAUUUGGGCCAGAGCGCCCCCAAGAAUCCAAUUACAACCGACCCGACAGAAGGCCAAACCGGGAGACUCCGUCACUAUUGAUUGCUCGGCAACGGGUGAUCAGCCAAUUACUAUUGACUGGAGUAGAAUAGGAGGCGCAUUACCUCCUGGUGUGUAUCAUCACAGCGGAAGACUUGAAUUGCGAGGAAUUCAGUUGUCAGACGCCGGGAAGUAUCUGUGCACUGCUGUCAACGCCGCCGGAAAGGCAGAGGGAGUCGCAGAAGUGAUUGUUGAAGACUCCGAUUAUAGGGAUAUUGUGCGUAAAGAAGAGACAGCUUUUGUUGGCUCUAAUGUAGAGCUUAAGUGUCAAUUUGGUGGCUCUCCCGCCCCUGCCAUCAGUUGGUCCAAAGAUUCAAUGAGUCUUCCAGAGAAUGCAAGAGAAGUCAACAACGAGUUAUGGAUUCGAAAUGUUAGGCUAGAGAACGCCGGGAGAUAUAUAUGUACGGCCACAUCCAGUCACGGUGUCCUUCUGUCAAGAGAUUAUGUCAUACUUAAUGUCAGAGUUAUUCCCUCUCUUGAAGUCAAAAUAAUUGCAAACAAAGAGCGGAUCUAUUUGGGUGAUCAUCUCACUCUUCAAUGCCAAGUGUCUGGUGAUCCGUCAGCGCGGGUCGAAUGGAAAACAUUGAGUCAAAGCGGACCCUUUGCACCCAAUAUUGUGAUUCGUGGAUCAGUUCUUGUAGUAAAUGGUGUUAAAUCAGAAAACGGAGGCAUUUAUAGGUGCACAGUUGAUACUUAUGCGGGAACUUAUAAUAGUGAUUAUGUUUUGGCCAUUGAAGAAAUGCCUACCGUUGCUCCCGAUGCAGUUGAGAAGAGGUCCGCACCAAUUGGAUCAACUGUUGUGAUGGACUGUCAGAAUUCAUUAGAACUACCGGUUCUUUAUAGUUGGGCCAAACAGGGAGGAGCUCUUCCUACUGAAGCCACUUCGGACGAGGAGGGAGUCCUCACACUCCGUAAUGUGAGGGGACAGGACUCAGGCACCUAUAUCUGUACGGCUAAGAAUGAUUAUGUGUCCAUUGAUAUACCACACGUACUCGUAGUGACAGGUGUGGUGCCAUACUUUUCUCAAACACCCCUGUCUUAUAUGGUUAGACCUACUCUACCCGAUGCUUACCUAACUUUCGACGUUGAGAUCUCAUUCCGACCCGAAGAUCCUAAUGGUUUAAUCCUAUAUAACGGACAAAAACAAAAUUCUGGAGAUUUCAUAUCACUUGGGCUAACAGAUGGUCGGGUAGAGCUGAGGUAUGAUUUGGGCGCCGGAAUGGCUAUUCUUACGGGUGAUCGACCGAUAGAAAUGAGGAAAUGGCAUAAAGUAAAGUUUAGUCGCAAUAAAAAGGACGGUGUCUUACAAAUCGACGAUCAAAUUGCAGUAAAAGGGACGGCUCCGGGACUUAAGAUUGGUCUCGACCUUCUCGAACCUCUAUAUAUUGGAGGAGUUCCUGAUUUUUCACAAAUAUCUAAACAAAACGGUUUCAAUAAGGGAUUCGUUGGUUGCAUCAGUCUCUUCAAAGUAGGAACCGUUACGCAUGAGUUAGUCAACGAAGCAGAAGCUCAUUCAGUCACCAAUUGUGAGACCUGUGCGCCAAAUACCUGUGCCAAUCAAGGUGUCUGUCAGGAGACAUCUCUCAAGACAUCGGGCUAUACAUGUGUCUGCGCCGCCGGCUUCUCGGGCAAUAACUGCGAAAAGAUAGGCGACUCGUGUUUCCCUGGGGUUUGUGGUUCUGGUCGCUGUCUAAACAAAAUGAAUGGAGGCUUCGAUUGCUUUUGUCCGUUCGGGAAGAGUGGCCUCAGAUGUGAGAAGGAUAUCCUAAUCAGAGAGCCGACCCUCUCUAACGACGCCUACAUCGCAUACCCGACACCAAAGGACACCCUCAAUAAAAUGAGUUUACAAAUCAAAAUAAAACCAAAACGAUUAGAUGACGGCUUACUAGUCUAUAGCUCGCAAAAUCACGUGGGAAAUGGAGAUUUCAUUUCCCUGGCCAUUAAGAAUGGUAGCGUUGAGUUCCGAUUCGAUACCGGUUCCGGACCGGCAGUACUCAAGUCUACCCUAAAGAUUGAUACCGACGAGUGGGUGACUAUUGUGGCCAAACGUGAUCUCCAAAAGGGUUCACUAAAAGUAGGGAACAGUCCGCCCGUGUUUGGAGAAUCUCCUGGACGUACACGUGGUUUGAACCUCCGAUUACCGCUGUAUGUGGGGGGUUGGGACAAACAACAGGUCACUAUCGCACCAUUCGCUGAAAUAACUCACGGGUUCUAUGGAUGUGUCGGACAUAUUGAAGUGAACAGUGUAGAAAUAGAUUUAGUCGACUCUGUAAUCGACUCAUCAAAUGUGGCCGAUUGUGGGUCAGAGUCUCCCUGUCAGCGGAUGCCAUGUCUUAAUGGUGGCCAAUGCAGAGACAUCGGUAGCACUGACUUUGAGUGCAUUUGUCAGAAAAACUUUACCGGAAAAGUGUGCCAACGAGUGAACGGUGUCUGUGAAAUGACAAACCCUUGCAAAAACGGCGCCUACUGUCAGAACAUAGACUCCCAUUCCUACAAAUGUUUGUGUCCGAUCGGCUUUAAAGGCAGUGUCUGUAGUGAAAGACACGAAUUCUCUGAUCCCGAAGCAGUCAGACUAUUGGGCGACGGAUUCCUCACUUUCAACACAAACCUUUUGCCACAUUCUUCGAGUUUGGCCGACGAAGUCAUUAAGUUCACGAUCUCUACACAAGAAGAUGAGGGCCUUGUCUUCUUUCACGGCCAGACACCUGAUGCUAACGGAAUAGGAAAAGACUUUAUGGCAGUUGCUGUAAAUGACGGACAAAUUGAAUUCACUUUCGAGUUGGGCAGCGGAUCCGCAAAGAUUAGAUCUUUUGUCAAAGUGAAUGACGGCUCCAAACAUAUAAUUGUAGUCAAACGGAAAGGCAAAGAGGGAAGUCUUACCAUCGAUGGAACACAUGAAUCAUACGGCGAGUCGAGCGGAAGUUUGCAGACAUUGAACGCGAGCGGAGAUAUAUAUAUCGGCGGUCUUCCAGACUAUACUCUGAUGAGUGGCAAUCGAUUCACUGGAUUUGUCGGUUGUAUUUCCGACAUAGAGAUCGGCACUUCCGGUGUACUUAAUAUUGUCACUGAAUCCAAGAGCGCUCAAAAUGUUCUCAAUUGUGACGAGUUGACGUCAAGCGGUUUCAUAUCUUAAAAAUCUAUUGUUUUGUAAAAUAAAUCUAAUUAUUAGUGCUUCUAAUUGUCAUCAAUAGUCAAAUCAUAUCUAAUAAUCUUAAAUCAUUCUGACUUUUGUGUUCAAACCUAUUGUCGAGUCUUUUAAUACUUGUGCCUCAAUUGGGAGCGAAUGACAAAUAACUGCCAUUUUUGAACAUUUCUUUCAUUGUCUUAUAAAUUAAGUGAAAUUUUCAUUUAAAUAAAUUAUAAAUACUUAUUAAUGACUUUUAUGACAAUAAAUAUAUU